AUGGUUCCCACGGCGGCCCUCAUGAAGCAAAAGAACCAUCAACCCUCCAGCCCUAGGGAAUUUUUCCAGAAGCUUUACGGCCACUUGGAACCCAAAGAGCCCAAAGAGCUGGCCGCUAAAGCGGAGGCGCCGCAAUUCGCACCAAGGGAUUUUGCAAACUCCCCCAAAAGGAACCUUUUGAUCGGUUGCUCACGGGAGGAGCUGGUGGUUCCAGUGCCCGUCCUGGCAACCCCCCUGCCCUUUUUGCUGCCGGCUCAGUCCCAACUGGCUGCAGCCGCUGCAGGACUAUCGGCCUUUUUGGCCAGACGGAGGCGUAAAGAGGGCAGACCGCGCCGCCAGCGGACCACCUUCAGUUCUGAGCAAACGCUGCGCUUGGAGAUCGAGUAUCAGCGCUCAGAAUACAUUAGUAGAGGACGGCGCUGCGAGCUGGCCGAUGAGCUCAGGCUCUCCGAGACUCAGAUCAAGAUCUGGUUUCAGAACCGACGCGCCAAAGACAAGCGAAUAGAAAAGGCGCACUUGGAUCAGCACUAUCGAAAACUCAUGGGUUCAUUUCAGACCGCCCUAUGCACCGAGGGCCCCUGUUUUCACCCCUUUAUCAGCCCCCAACUAUCCCAGCCGCUGGCCAAUUCGGAAAUUCAGCCCGGCAGCGUAACGUUCAGCAAUGCCGGCACUUCGCUGGCCGAAAACAGCAACAGCGCUAGCCCCUAAGUACUUAAACAGCGCUGUCAAGAGCUGAAUAUCAAAAAACGGGCCUACGGCGCCCAUGAUCUAGUCUUAGGCUAUUGUGUAUAUAAAAGCUCAGUUAAUCAGGAUAUUUCUAAGAA